CAUUCUCUAACAGCAAUGCAACGUCUUCUGUUCUACACUUUGCUAGUCGGAACUUUGUGUUGGCUUGAUGUCCACGCCCAAGAAACCAAUGAGACCAUCGACCUGUCAAAAUUGGCCAAGAUCGUAAAGCGUCCCGCACACCAAACUCGCGUAAUUGGUGGCGAUUUGACGACAAUCGAGAAAUUGGGAGGAUACUUGGUGGCAUUGCGCUACUUCGACCUCUUUAUUUGCGGCGGCACAUUGAUCCGGGAUGUCAUCGUCCUGUCGGCCGCCCACUGUUUCGAGAACCGGGACAUCAAGGAAGGAUGGAGAGUGGAUGGCGGAAUCACGAGGCUCAGCGAGCGUGGAGUGCGUCGUCGGGUGAAGGCGAUCAUAAAGUCCGGUGCAUUUCGGAUGGAAACCAUGAACAUGGACGUGGCCGUGAUGCUGCUGGAAAAUCCCAUGGUGGGCAAAAACAUCGGUAUGCUUAAACUGUGUACCACAGCCUUGACUCCUGGCAAAAUCCUCGCGGUUGCCGGCUGGGGCAUGACUGAUGUGGAUGAGGAAGGUCCGCAACAGAUGCUCCGCACGGUCAGAGUGCCGGUGGUUAACAAGAUCCACUGCCGCGAGAUCUAUAAAAAUUCAACCGAAAUAACAAACAGCAUGUUCUGCGCCUCAGUUUUGGGAAAGAAGGAUGCCUGCACCUACGAUUCCGGAGGUCCUUUGGUCUAUGGAAAAGAAGUCUGCGGCAUCGUGUCCUUUGGAAUCGGUUGCGCCAGCGAACGCUAUCCGGGUGUCUAUACGGAUGUGAAAUAUGUUAAACCCUUUAUUGAGAAGAGCAUUAAAGCGCUGCUUUCAUAAAAUGUUCUUGGUGAAUUGAAUAAAAUGGAAAUAUUACAAUCAGAUAUACCAUA